AUGUCCCAGCCAGAUAUCCGGUGCCUCCACAAUUGCCGCGUCCAAAUGCUACCCCAUCCUUGUUUCACACUCAAACAGUUCAUUGAGGCCAUUCGGUUGGUUCAGUGUGGCCAUGUUCCUCCGUCGUCUCCGCAACCAUUUGCUUGGCCCUAUCGACCAGAAGGUGAAGAAUGCAUACUUCACACACAAUUUGGCUCUCACCGGGAUGUGAUGGACAGUCCGGGUGACAACUCCACAGAUGUUGACACCUCCAUCAAAGACAUUUGGAUUGGUGCCACCAAUGAUGCCACCAAUGAUGUUCUGCCUGGUUCCCAGCCCAAGUAUCAUUCUAGUGAGGGGGAAGAAUUGGAGGCUGCCAAUGCAAGUGCUGAGACACUCAUCAACAUUGACCCUGCCAGUCAGUUUAAGUGGUUCGUAACUGUUGGUCAUUAUGGAGUUGGAUUGUUCAGUGACAUGUAG